CAUCACUUCUGUCAGUGAAAAUAAAAAACAAUAUAAUGUGAUGCGUGACUUCAGAAUCUCGUUCGGUCGAAAUUAAUCUCAUUAUAUUCCAAUUUCGGAUCAAGUAUUACGAUAAUAUUGCAUGCUUCUGGUAGUUUAGCAUCGUGAAGAAUCUAGAGAUCAAGGCUUGCAUCCCUUGCAAGCCUGAGAUCGAUUCCUGCAGCAGAACCUCUAGGGAUUACCGCACCAUGCAGUCUAAACCCAAGCAUAUGGGCCUCACCCACUGGAAGACACCAGGACAAGACAUGGACCAAACCAGCAAACGGAUAUCCAGUGGCAAGCUCCUUGCUGUCCGGCUCGAUCCGCUCCCGAUCCACCCCCGUAUCCCGAAGGGAGACGCGUCAACCCACACUGCCCGGAGUGCCCACACGGAAUGGAACCAGAGGACAUCAACCGUUGCAGGGUCAGGGUCGCUACCGAUUCAAGAUCGGCAUCUUCGGUUCAACGUCACGCAGCGAUGCCGCAUGAAGGAAUUCGGAAACUACAACGCAGAGACGGUACUGAAGAAUCUGAAGCUACCACUGAUCUUCAGGAAACCAGUCUACGAAGGUCUGCCAUCACCAGAAAGAAAGAAAAUCUCUAAGAAAGGACCCGAAGAUCUGUUCCUGCCACCCAUCACUCAAGGUGGCAAUGAUGGGUUGGUGUGUCAAAGGCCCUUGUGGAGGGCAUCGUUGGACAGAGCGGAGAAGGUGGCCAGUAUUCCCCCGGUUGAGAGACGUCUGGAGAAGAAAAAUCAUCGGAACAGACCAAACUUAGAGGCCAAGGGGACCAAAGCUCCCACGCAAACUAAGACAAGUGCAAAUACAACUGUCAAAACAAAAUGACGGAACAAGGAGUACCGUACAAAUUUGGAAACUUCCACUUUGUGUAAUAACAACUCUUUCUACUCAUCAAAAGCCUUAAGAUUAUUGGACUUACAGAAAUAGCUAAAGGUGACAAGAGUUUUUUUUUUUACUAAAAAGUAUUUCAUAUUUUUAUUGAUCUUUAUGAAAAUAUCUAUAAAAGUAAUAGAAAAAUGUGCAAUACAACAUGUAGAUCAACUUGCAUGCAAUAAUUUAGAAUGGUUCAAGUGAUUAACAUUAAUCACGUAAAGCAAAAAUAAUCAAACUGAAUUAAAUAGGAAGAACCUUCAAAUUAAAAUUGAUAAGAAAAUUAGCCACCUAAAUUGAGCAUUGAAGCUGUAAUAUCAAGAUGUGCAAUUCUGAUUACUCUUCUUAAUAAAGCAUAUUUUUCAAAAUUCAUCCAUCUUAUUAAGGAGAGACAAUUUACUGCAAAAACGCAGACUUAAAGAAUUUCCAGUUUUUACCCUAAUGUCUCAUAGCAUCUCUGAUGCAUAUUGGUUCUACUCAAAUUACAAAGUGCUCUUUGGAAAUUAUAUAUUCAUCAGAUUUUUGUACUUUUCAUAGAUAAUGAACAAUAUUGAGAGAGCAAUAAUAAGUGUGAGGCAAUAUUUAACAAGGACUAUACAAUUUCAU